UUCAACUCGCCCCGAAUACGCUCACUGUCGAACGCCGUGACCUAACCAAACGUAACCCUAAGGGUCCUCGUUAAAUAAAUCUCUUUAGCUCAAUCCAGAAGCGAUAGAAAACGUGAGAUUUCGUCGCUAAUGUAAAUGGCUAUCACAUUAACAAUAGUGCGUUAUCUUGGCGUGCGUUUCUCAGUGGACGCCUUCACGUCAGCUGGUGCUAUAGAAGUAAAGAAGAGGUGAAUCCACAGUUCUAUAGGGGACCUAUUUGAGCACCGGCGUCCGUGCGAUUCACCGAGUCAACGUAUGUUCUCCGUGCUGUUUUGAGUGUCCGUAACUUCUGUGCCGUGUACUGACAUCAUUGCAUCAUGCCUGGCAAUAAAUGAAUCCUGAUUCAGCGCUCUAACGUUACUCACAUAGAAUCGCGCGCGGAGAGAACUUUGCUUUGCAACUCUUGUGUGGAUACGGCACGCGCCACGGCAGCGCGCGGAGGAUCAACAACUUUCCUCAGAAACAGCGUUAGCGUCCUUCCUAUGUCGCUUCAAACCCUUCCAUGUCACCAAUUGUUGUCGCUCUAAUUGGACGAGCAUGUUUCAGACACCAUAUCUGCUCAAACUCGGGGAAAACAUCGUUGGUAAGCCUUGAGAAGCGGAUAAUAAAUGACUUAUAUGCGCCUCAGAGUCGCGUCCUCGCCAGGUGGACUGUGAAAAGACAGAAGAGGAAUGUUUAUCCGAAAUUCCUUGCCGCUUAGUUUGGGUUUUUUGCCGCUUUUGCUCAGUCACUGUUUUCUCUCAGUAUUUCUUCCUUUAUUGCAGUUCGCAAGAGGGGAGCUCCAGAAGUCAUGCUCUCGAACCACAGUGGCACUGCUGGAAGGAAGCUGCCAGUUGCCAUGCCAGUGUAGGCCCUACCCACCGUUACCACCUCCACCCCCUCCUCCACCGCCCCCAAGGCUCCUGGCUCCAACUGUGGCUCCCUCCACUGUAUCCCCUAUAAUACCCUGGAGGAGAGAGAUGGAGAUCUUAGUACUGGGGACAGUAAGCUGUGCAUCUGUGGUCUUUCUCCUCCUGACUGUCAUCAUUUGCUACAAGGCCAUCAAGAGGAAACCCCUUCGAAAAGAAGAGAACGGCACAAGCCGAGGGGAGUAUGCCAUGAGCUCACGCUGUAAACAGCAGGUAGUGGAAACCAAUAACACUGGAGUAUAGUGGCCAUGCUACAGCAAGGCAUGUACAGCUGAACAUUCUGUUCCCUACUGCAACACCGUCUCUCUGUUUGGGCUUAUGAGAAGGACGCAAGGUAUAUUACGAAUUUAAAAACUGUAAACCGCAUGGCUGCCCUUCUUGGGACAUAGAACGAUGUUUAAAGAAAAAACUGCAAGUAUAAGCAGGUUUUGAGGAGACUUGGAAACUCUUAGCAAUGUUGGCAGCUGCACGAGUAUCACAAGACUCAACCUGAUGGCAAUAUACAACACCAACAAAUAAAAUAAACGCAUGCACUUUCUGUUGAAUGCAAUGAUGUUUUUGAAUUCCUGUCUUCUUUUGUAUUUAACUCUGUCUCUGCAGUGUCCCUCAUUGAACAUUAAGGGUUCUCUCACCUCAUGUAGAUUGUGUAAAUGUGUUGAAUGGAUAAAUGACGCAUUGGCCCCAUUGUUUUGAGAGAGUCUGUCGGAGCGUCCAAAUGGAUUGGUUCAUCCUACACUUGAAGUGUACCAAAUAUACAAUAGAGAACAAGAAAACAUCCAUAAAUUUGUUGCGGUUUGUGUUACUAUGCAAUUGGAUAGGAUAGAGAUUUUGAGGUGCAUGCUGAUAAUACAAAAACACAAUGCUAGCGUUAGCAUUGCUAAUAGUUAGCUGAUUGAAGUUUGAUCAUUCUAUAGAUAUGUAUACAUUUUAAACAAGCUAAAUAUGGCUGAUGUAGCCUACAUGUGAAAAAUGUCAAUCACGUUUGAUGUUAUGGCUGAUAAAUAGCUGAUAUUAAAAUCUAUACUUUUUUGGUCUAAUCAUAAAAAUAAAAGACACCAAAAACUUAAAUGUACAGUUUUUGUGAAUGUCAAAGCAAUGUUUGGCUGCUUAGACAACAUUAUGUACAGUAUAAAAUAUGGAUAACUGUUCAUUUUGAGAUGAAUUAUUGUUUGAGUAGUUGAGAUUUUAAAAGUCUUAACAUUGGAGACCUCUAACUAUUUUAAUAAUAUUGAAGUUUUGCUUUUUUGUGUUAUAGAUUUGUUUGUAAUGGACACAAUAUGAUGGAUGUCCAGAAUCAGUUUACCUUACAGUAGCCACACAUUCCCGUUCUCAAAUAUUUAGUAUUUGUAUAUAAAAGUGCUCCAUCAUUUUGCACAAUUGGAGAAGCAAGAUAUAAAAGGGUAAAAUGAAAUUAAACACUUUUUAAUAAAUGUUCAAUCAUUUCAACUUAUAUUUUUUUUCGAGAACUUAAAGCAGUGAGAAAUAUAUACAUUUUUACGUCAUUUCCUCUAAGAGAAAUCAGUAAGGUUAACAUAACAGAAAACAGUGCACUAUAUGUACCUGGAUUCGAUCAUCAUGUCAUCAUUUGUGACCUGUUGUCCAUCUUGAGUCUGGGGAAUGCUUGCAAAUCAUUCUAGAUUCACAUCAAGUCCCUUCUUAACCAUUCUGGCAACUCUUAAAAUCCAGGAUGGUACUUUUCGCUAUUGCUAUUUUUGAAGUGGUCAAUACUGUGAUUUCAUGUGGGUUACCGACGGUUAGUGGAUGCUUCAAAGAUGUAUCAAGGUGAUUCAUCAGACAAGCUUAACCCCUAAAUUUAGCUUGUAAUGUCACUCUUAAUCAGACACUCUCUAUUGUUUACUUUAUUUUGUAUUGGGACUGUAUAUCCAACGUAUCUAAAUAUCUGUUUUAUAGACAGGAGCUUGUUAUAUUUAGAAAACAGUGAUGCAAUGUUCAUGCAUACAGUAACACUGAACUAUGAAUCAUAAUAUAAAACCAUAUACAACUGAGCAAUGAUGUUUACAUAAAAAUACAAGCGUAUGUAAACAAACAUCCCUCUUCAUAUCCUGUAAAACAUUCUCACACUAUACUGUACAGCCAUUCACCCGUUCAACAAGAUGUACGUACUGAAGAUAUAUGUGUAUUAUACUGUACAAAGAUACUCAGAAUUGUAUUGCAUGAAUGUACAUAUCAAUAUUUGCCUUCUUGACAGUCUAUCGUGUGUACAGAGUAAGAGAAAAUGUUUAUAGGGAUAAGUAUAAAUCGAUGUGUCGUCAGAACAGAACAAGUGUCAUUGUUUGUCUGGAAAAAGCCAUUAAUGUAUAUUUGAGUAAUCAGAGGUUGUUGCACAAUGUAUGCAUCACAUACCAAAAUGUAAAACAAUUAUAUAUUGUGCAUUGAACUAAUUUAAUUGCAACUUGCUGACUUUUUUUAGUUUUAAAUAAAAUUGUACUACUGAAUCGUA